AUGGCCGACAAUAGAGUCAAAUUCCUCGUCCAAAAACGGACCUCCGUGAAAUCCCAGAUUACCAGCUUAGUCAAUCUCCUCGACAAGGGCGGUUUAGAUAACGCCACGUUAAAACUGCGAAUUGCGCGCUUAACGGUCUUAUAUCACGCGUACGAAGAGCAUAACGACGAGCUCGCGUUGCUAGACUCGAGCGACGGGCAUCAAGCUGAGUUCACGAAUAUCCAAGAACGCUUUUAUUCCCUCGCCGGCAGAAUCGAGAAUAUCUUAAAUGCGGCAGACCUUUCGACCGCGAGCACUAGCGGAAUGAGUAACGAAACGCGAGUUACCGAUGGCGAAAACGUAACGCCUAUCGCAAAGCGGCGAGUUAAGUUGCCUCAGGCUCCCUUGCCCACAUUCGACGGUAGUUACGAGGGCUGGUUAACAUUCAAAAACGCGUUUCGCGAUAUGAUAGAUUCUCGGGAAGAUUUGUCAGACAUUGAUAAGCUGCAUUACUUGAAAUCAGCGUUAAACGGCGAAGCAGCCAACAAGAUAAAAAUAUUCGCCGCCGAUA